AUGGCAGCCAGAGAAGCUCAGCUUGGAGUUAGGCAUCCAAAGACACUGGAAGCGGUGAACAGUUUGGCACUUGUGUUGAAGAAGGAGGAGAAGUUGAAUGAAGCAGAAAGGCUUUGUCGAAAAGCACUGGUCGGUCGUGAGGCUGCACUUGGAGAAAUGCAUCCAGACACCCUGGUGUCAGCCAACAAUCUUGCAGCACUUCUGAUGCAACAGGGGGAUGUGACAUCUGCCGAGCAGCUCUAUGCACGAGUAAUGAAAGGCCGCGAGAUUCAGCUUGGAGUGGAGCAUCCAAGUACCUUGAUCUCCGUCAAUAACCUUGCCAGCCUUUAUUACUUUCAGGGGAAGCUGGAUGAGGCAGAGCCACUCCUGCGACGAGCCUUAACUGCUAAGGAGUUGCAGCUGGGUGGACGACAUCCGCAUACCCUCAUUGCAGUCCACAACUUGGCAUGUCUGUCGAGGGAUCGAGGCAAGCUGGAUGAAGCAGAGUCUCUUUUCAGAAAAGCCUUUGAAGGCCUGGUUUAG